GAUCGACCAUUCGUAGCCUCCAACAGGAGGACGUGUCCUAAUUUUUCGUUCAACGGUGUCGGUGUCUACCUACUCAUGGUUUACAACGGCCUAUCGUACUGGAGACCGACCACGUGCUUUAGCGUUGUGUUGUUGUGAUGUUGUAGGAAUUGCGCUUACACCGGAAAUUUUCGGAGUUUACAGGAUUUGGACUACGUAUGACAAGCCAAGGUGCAUCAAGGAGAGUGCCGAAAACUUCAUACAUUUUCAAGAAGAUGGAUUCACUAGAAAACUGAUUAAUUGCUCUACGAUAAGACUUGUUCUACACUGCCUACUUACGCGACUCAUAACAGGAAAGAUAAUAAUCAGGUGCAGCUCUAGGUUAGGUGUGUUGUUUCUGAUCAAGAGAGAUCUGAUGCUCAAACAACACAAAUCAGUAACAAUGUCGAUUGAGAAAGUCAUAACAGCAUGAUGAAAGGUCGUCUCCUUCUCCAACAGGUGGCAGCAUGGAUCAAGUGACUUUGACUCUCAAGGCUGACCUCGUGGUGAGUGCAUUGCACCUUCCAAUGAGCAAGGUGUAGGUGGGCAGAUAGGAAGGAACAGACGUGGAAGUCGUGAUGGCCUCAACCAAACGCUACCAGGCUUCCACUCGAACUCUCCAGGAAGAGGCAUUCCUGUUUCAUCAACACUCUUCAUUUUGGACGACCCUCAUGACUUCUUUCUUUUGGUGACCCUUCACUGCUUUUUGGUCGUUUCUUGGAAGAAUACCCCUAUCCUCCAAAGCCUCACUAAUGCCUUCCUUCAACCUCUCAAAACUCCUUUGUUGUUGCAAGAUCCCAAAACGCAGUAAGCAGAAUUCGGAAUCUACCGCAAACGAUGUAGCUCUCCAGCCGAUUCCUGUUUUGGCUCCCCCUACUGAGGAAGAUCAUCAAGAACGCAGUGAGAAGAAUCGACAGUCCCUCAUAGGUUUGCCGGACACGGCUUGGGCAAUACCAGUACGCAACAGUUCUUUCGAAAGCAGCUCUGUCAUACGUCAGCAUGUGGAUGACGACGAUUCAGAUUCAGAUCAAGAUCGAGCACAACCAACAAAGAAGUCCAGCACUGCGUUUGAUACUGUACGCAAUAAGCUCAUUCGCACCAUCUCGCAUAGCAACAAUGGAGACCACCCAUCCCAUGUCUCUGUUGGGAACAGUGAAGAGGAGAUUGCACGCAGAGCCGAAUUGAAGCGCAUCAUGCACCAAAGGAUUCAGGAUGAACUCAAGUCAGAUGAGUCGGAUGAUCACACUGAGAGUAAACCCACGAACAGUAUCCGGUGUAUGGCUUCAGCCGUUGAUGUGACCUUGCCUAAUUCUGGACCCCGAGAUGCUAUUGAAUUCGGCGUCAGCAAGUCUUCUUCUCGCAAUGGACAUUCUACUCAACUCGACUCGGAUCAGGUCGAUCAGGACACGCAUCAAGACAGUCGAGUUUCUCAACAAGGUGAAAAUAGGCCACAAAGAACAUUUUCACAGAAAUCAGAGUCAACUAACGGCGCUGAUGAUUGGAGACAAGAUGAUGUGCAUUCAAGGCCCUCUCCUUCUUACCCCAAAAGGCACGUUUUAGCGAGCGAAGACGGUGACUUCACACAUUCUCAGAAAUCUUUCCAGCUGUCAAACGGCACUGGGCGUCUCGACCGUAUUCUGGGACCAGACAGCAGCUUCAACAGCCGUCAUGCUUCUUCAGGAGAUGGGCAUUCUGCUCUUGGCGUAUGGCUCAUAGCCCAGGGCCUCCGCUCAAGAGACAACUCAACCCUUUUCCUUGACGAAGAAGAUGAACUAGAACCAACUGAAGAUACUAAGCCAACUGAUUACAAUACUUCUUCACUGAAACGGGCGGAGGGGGAUCAUGACCGAGAGCGUCGAGAGACACCAGCAAAUGGAAAUCCAAAUAUACCCCAUGCACCAACCAUUAUUGACAUACCCAACACGGUAGAAACAUACUCUCGGUCCAAUUUCAAUGCAAAGAAUGAUCGCUACGAAAUAUCAAGCUUAUCUGGAGAGUUGCCAUGGGGCCCUACUGUAACAGCCCUUCUCAAUUCAUUUACCGACCACACGUCUUCAGGUGACCCAUCAAAGUCACAGCCUAGUCCAAUGCGAUCCCAGCAGAAUCUUUAUAAACUUGACCCCAAGGACCUGGAUAGCAUGGAGCUAUCCCCGUUCAAAUGGCGAAGCCAUACUUCUUCCCAAGACCAGGAUAAUGCCAAUGACCACAACUCCAAGAGUGUGAAUACCGGCGUGCCCCAGAUAAGGUCUCAGUCUUAUGGAAACAUUCACAAUGCUGAAUUUCCAGUGAAGGCUCCACAAGACACGACCUCCUUAGCUCAAUCAGAAUCUGCCAGCUUCCUGCAACGUGAGGCUGAGCUCGGGUCCAUUAGGCGACGUUUCAGUGAAGCAUUAGCACUGAAGAAACCGGAGAAAAGAGUGGUUACACGUUUCCGUGAGGAGUUCUCCGAAUCUUCGCUGCCACCAACUGUCCACAAAUCCUUUAGAAACAAAAUCCAGCUGGCAAUUCCGAGCCACCUGAGGGCGAAAUCUGAUGGCAUUGACCUCCGACACAAAGAGGGCUCUUCUGGGCCACCCAAAGGGCAAAAUUACCUGCUCGACCCUGUGGAAAGAUUGGGAGGGCACGAAAGAGAAGCGAGUGACAGGUCAAAGGGUCGUUCGAACUUGAGCAUUCGACCUCACAUGAGUCGGCUGCCAACCGAGGAGUAUCACAAGCCAGGAUUAAAGCGCCGAGAGAGCGCGACAGACCUGUGGCAACGGGCCAUCAGACUUGAAGUUGAGAGAAGACACAGCAGCAGUAUUCAUUUAAGCACAACAAAGCCGAGCCAGAGAAGUCAGUCCUCCAACAGGUCACUAAAUGACCUAGGAGCAGCUAGAAAUAGCACCAGCAGUGUCUUGGAUACGAGACGAGAGGUCUCUCAACUAACUCCCACAACGGAUGAGCUGUCCUCGCCAGGGAACUCAAAGUGGCUCAUUGAGCGCUGGGUUGCCACAAUGCGACCUAGGAUAGGGGAAUCAGCAGGGGAUAUGAGGUUAGCACGACUCGCGGGGCCUCCGAAGUCUUGGUCCAGAUUCCCGUCCCACAAUAGAGAGGAAAGGAAUAAGAACGCGACAGAUAGAGACAGAGUGCAUCCCAGAGAUUUUGCGGUCAAGCAUAUGACGUCUGAAGGUCAGACUAGAAGGGCCACAGAUGCGCCCCUUGAUGAGGCAAAGCAGCGUGCACGUACUCUGCCACGGUCUUUUUCAACCAAAUUUGGUGAGCUGGUCAAGUCAAAGAUGGGACGGAUUAUCCCAUCCAAAGGUAUUAGACAUCGUGUCAAUCAAGAUCAUUUCAGAAAACAUGCUGCCUUAAGUUCAGCUUGUAUGGAAUAUCCCGAAAUGGGGAUUCGCCCUUCCGAAUCUGGAUAUGCCGAGCUUCAAGCACUGGGGAGAGAGAUCCGCAACAUGAAGGGGGAGCCUCACCUGCAUGUCCCGGACAGGGAGAUGUCGAAGCCACAGUCUUCCAGAAGCUUGGGUGAUAGAGUAGUUGCUUUAAUGCACGAAGCGAUCGGUCAACGACACUCGAAACAUGACGACGCUGCUGAAGUCACCGAGUACCCAACAGUCCCUCUUACACCAAGCGUGGUCAGAGAGAGCAUUGUCGCAACAGAUGUAUUUAUCACGCCGAGGAGUCGAUUUUCGAAUGAUGCCAUGGACGGAGAAGCAAAGACGGGCACAGAAGCGGAAUCAAAUAAGGUGAAAGACCAGAAGGCACAGCUAACGGUACCCGAGAGUAUCAAGGACGCCCCCCCGAGCAACUCCUCGACCAGUAUCAAAGACGUGGGGCCCCACACACAACUUUCUACGCCCGAAAAGGGCUCGACUCAACUGUAACAGUCUGUUUAAAGGAAACGAAAUUUAUUACCACGGCUAUAUUGGCCGGCAAGCACACUUGUGAAAAUGCUAGAUAUCCUAGGAUGGGGAGGACAUGACAAGCACCAUGUACUUGUGAACGAAGGUCGAACUAGGGAAUUUUAUUCAUUCUGUCUUUUUAGCCUGCUGAAGUUAACAAGCUUUGCGUAUGCUAUCUCUAAUACUAGAGUGUUAUUAUUCUGCUCCCUUGUCAAUAGAUCAGGUGUCUUGACUCAUUGGCAGACUUUUGUGCGACUUCACAAGCCUUCCCGUGUAC